UUUUUUUUUCCCCAUGCACUAACUCUGGUUCAGAAACAAUCUUUUUUUUUAUAUAUACAUCUCUCUCUCUCUUUGUAAAAAAAUAACACAACUAAAAUAGAUAUGAGCUAUCAUUAUUCCUCUUUUGAACAAACAUCUACGACGGUUGGAGGUUACACCACCACCACGACGACCACCACCCGAGGCGGAAGCCACAGUGAUUCCUUAGUUGUACGUGAAAUCACCGAAAGGGAAGCGACUGACACUUUACCUUCCACCAGUCGCUAUCAGAUCUUGGACGAAGAUCGUUUAACUCCAUUUGAUUUCUUUACGCUCAUGGAAUCAGAAGAAGAGGAAGACGACGAUUUAGGGGAAGAAUCAGAAUCCGAUGUCGAAUACCAUUGGUUUCCUUCAUUGUUGAAACGUUCUGUCAUUGAACUCUUGGACGAUGAUCAAAGUCAAACCUACAUGGACGAGGAUUAUAACGCUAUCGUCAUUGAAAGUGAAGAUACCUCAAGUAGUGACGAAGAUGAAUCUACCUUGAAAAAAUUGGGUUCUUCAAAACGUUUCUUUGGUAGGCAUCCAACAAAAGCUAAAAGAUCUCGAAAGUCAGAUCUUGUUCCAGUUGAAGUUGUACAUAUCACUCUUUAAAAAUAAAUAAGUGUACGCGUAUCUCUCUUUCUCUUUUUCUUUUUGCAUGAAUGUAAAUGUACGUGUGUGUGUGACAAUGGCUGACUGUUAAAUUCGACUGUAUCACAUCCAAAGAGAAAUGGCAUGUACAAUUACGACCCAUCAUCAUCAAACCGGUAUAAUAAGGCGUGCGGCUGUAUUUUUUUUUUAUAUAGGAUGCAUUGUUUCAUGCAUAACAUGCUGUGCUCAUCCGAUAAAAUUACUCAUUUAUUAAAAAAACACAAAAACAAACAAGUGUCAUCUAUUAAUAAGUCGAAUGGGAUGAGGCUGUGCAUUAUCAAUUUUUUUUUUUUUUUUUUU